CCGUGAGGAGUGCGCAGCAUCGCUCAGCAAGAGGAGGAGAGGGAGGAGAAGACACUGCACACGGGCGAACACUCACGAGCAUCAUGGCACCAAUUGGAUUAAAGGCGGUCGUUGGCGAAAAGAUUAUGAAUGAUGUCAUCAAGAAGGUGAAGAAGAAGGGAGAAUGGAAGGCUUUGAUAGUGGACCAGCUCAGCAUGAGGAUGCUGUCCUCUUGUUGCAAAAUGACUGAUAUUAUGACAGAGGGCAUCACUAUUGUUGAAGACAUCAAUAAGCGAAGAGAGCCUCUCCCCUCUUUGGAGGCCAUUUAUCUGAUCACCCCGACUGAGAAGUCUGUGCAGACUCUCGUCAAUGACUUCAAAGAUCCCCAUUCAGCGAAAUAUAAAGGGGCUCAUGUGUUCUUCACUGACUCUUGCCCUGACCCCCUGUUUAAUGAUGUGGUGAAGAGCCGUGCCUCAAAAACCAUUAAAACCCUAACUGAGAUCAACAUCGCCUUCCUGCCCUAUGAGUCCCAGGUGUUCUCCUUGGACAACCCUGAUGCCUUCCAGAGCUUCUACAGCCCUCAUAAGACACAGCUGAAGAACCCUGUGAUGGAACGGUUGGCCGAACAGCUGGCGACUCUGUGUGCCACGCUGAAGGAAUACCCUGCCGUCCGAUACCGAGGGGAGUAUAAAGAUAACGCCACCCUGGCUCAGUUGCUUCAAGACAAACUGGACGCCUACAAGGCAGAUGAUCCCACAAUGGGGGAGGGACCAGACAAGGCUCGCUCUCAGCUCAUUAUUCUGGACAGGGCUUUCGAUCCCGUCUCUCCUGUCCUGCACGAGCUCACCUUCCAGGCUAUGGCCUAUGACCUGCUGCCCAUUGAGAAUGAUGUGUACAAGUAUGACACCAGUGGGAUAGGUGACUCAAAAGAGAAGGAAGUGCUUCUGCAUGAAGAUGACGACCUUUGGGUGAAUCUUCGGCACAAACAUAUUGCUGAGGUCUCUCAGGAGGUGACACGCUCCCUGAAGGAAUUUUCUGCCAGUAAGCGGAUGACCACUGGAGAGAAGACCACCAUGAGGGAUUUGUCUCAAAUGCUGAAGAAGAUGCCCCAGUAUCAGAAAGAGCUCAGCAAGUACUCAACCCAUCUGCAGUUGGCCGAGGACUGCAUGAAGCACUACCAGGGAACCGUGGACAAGCUGUGCCGUGUAGAGCAGGAUCUCGCUAUGGGAACAGACGCAGAGGGUGAAAAGAUUAAAGACCCCAUGAGGGCCAUCGUGCCAAUCUUGCUGGAUGCCAACGUCACCACUUAUGACAAGAUCCGCAUCAUCCUGCUCUACAUUUUCCUGAAGAACGGGAUCACGGAGGAGAACCUUAACAAGCUGAUCCAACACGCCCAAAUUCCUCCUGAGGACAGCGAGAUCAUCACCAACAUGGCUCACCUGGGUGUCCCAAUCGUCACAGAUUCUACUCUCCGCAGAGGCAAGAAGCUCGAUCGUAAGGAGCGCGUGAGCGAGCAGACCUAUCAACUCUCUCGCUGGACCCCGCUGAUCAAGGAUAUCAUGGAGGAUGCUAUUGAGGAGAAGCUGGACACCAAACAUUACCCGUACAUCUCCACACGCUCAUCCUCUUCCUUCAGCACUUCUGCAGUCAGUGCCCGAUAUGGCCACUGGCACAAGAAUAAAACCCCUGGAGAGUACCGCACAGGCCCUCGCAUCAUGGUCUUCAUCAUCGGGGGCGCGUCCUUUAGUGAGAUGCGCUGUGCUUAUGAGGUCACACAGGCCAAUGGCAAAUGGGAGGCCAUCGUUGGUUCUACUCACUUGCUCACCCCAACCAAUUUUCUAAUGGACCUGCGGCACCCCGACUUCCGAGAAUCCACUAAGGUGUCCUUUGAGGACCCUGACCCCUCAGAAGAGUGAGACAGAGAAAGAGGGAAGGGUGGGAGAGAGAAAUCACACUCUGACAAAGUUCAACCCAUGUCGUCUCCCCCACCCAGCUUCUGGACGCUCUCAAGGCUAUGAACAAACCCGACGAGGAGCAGACAAGCUAAAAAUCACAACAACCUUCCCCCAAACCCCAUCGCCCAGUUACCCUCUCCCUCCCUCCAUCCGUCGCCCUGUAAAUCUCACCCGCUCCUAUAUAAAUUGUGUAUGCAUCUUGCUUGAGAGAAAAAAAAAUAGAUGAUUGGUUAAAGUUAAAAAGAAUAUUCUAUAAAUUUAUAUAUAAAUGAAAUGUUGAAAUAAAACAAAUCACUGCAAGUAUUCUGUUUUACAAUGGAUGCAAAUGAUUAGACUGUCAAACUUUCGUUAUUAAUUGCAAUUUAAAAACCUGAAAGUACCAAAUGUAAUAUUGUGUGUUAUGAAACCUGCUAGAAUAUGUAAAUUGUAGAUCACUUUUUGCUUUCGUUCCUUAUUUAACCGUUUUUUCUUUUUUUUUUUCUUUAAUGGCUUAAAGUGGUUGGGGGAGGGACUGGUUUUUAUGCAAAUAGACCAGUGAAGCAAAAUGAUGCAUAUCACUUCCUCUGCUGAAGGCUGAACUGACGCCCGGUUUAGAUGCUUGGGUUUAAUUGUUGUCUCAUUUUAGAUGUGCAUGCCAUGGACGUGGCCCAUGUGGCCCUUUUGACGUGAGAAAACAUUGAAAAAAAAAUUUAAACAAGUUAGGAUGUGUAAAAAUGUAACAUUGAGCAUCUUUUGGGACUCCAGUGAUGAAGAGGAAGGAGGCCAAGGGAGUAACAGAUCAAAGCCUCAAGCUGUAAAAGUGAAAGAGACACUGUACAUAGAUGGCAAACGUCAUCCCUCCUUCAGUCGAGAUUCCGGGAGCAUUUACUCUCCAUAUCCUUUUCUUUUCACGUCUCCUUCUACAGAGACCUCAUGAUUUAGUGUGAAGAAGGCCGUUGCUUGCAGAUGUUUAAGAAAUUCAAAAAAAGGGCCAGUUGUAUUUCAGUAUUGUAUCUUGUCCAAUUAAGUCUCAUCAUUGGUUAGUAAACAAUGUUUAACCGGGACAUGCACUGAGUAACGUGUUGUUGUAUAUGCCAUAUGUUACUGUUUUUCCGUCUCACUGUUGAAAAUUUCUGACUGUGAAGUAGUAAAACUUUCCUUUGCCAAUGUGAAGCCACUGUGUUUGUGACGUAUUAGCUGUAGCUGUAGUUAAACUGGUAAAAAAAAAAAAAAGGUUAUAUCUAGCUUUUGUUUGACUGUCUUGUAGUUUCUUUCGGACGCAAUGUUUUAUCUUCCAAUGGUGAACGGCUUUGCAACAAAAAGCAAUCCCCCUAUUUAACAUUUUGGUUUCCGUUACCUCUUUACUCUGUUUUGGCAGAAAGGUUGUAUAUUGCACUAAGCGUUUUCUGUGAUGCAAACGCUUUUAUGGUCUCUUUUUAUUUAUUUAUAUAAUUUUUUUAAUCGUUCUCCUAUUUUGUGUUUGCUGUUGUAUAGCUGUGUCGACUAGAUUGAUUUCUAUUAAAUUUAUUUUUCAGAGACUAUCAAUAAAUAAGAACAUAGUCUGUCUUAAACCUGUUGAUCUUACUGGGAUUAUAUGUUUGCGAGUGUUGAAGCACAAACUAAAGUAUACUUCAUGUGUACCGAUGUAGUAAGGCUGUCUAAUAAAUUGGCUUCCAUUACAAA